AUGGAGUUACAGCAAGCCGUCGCUGGAAAACCUUGGAUCCCCAAGUUGACAUUUGAGGAUUACCUCAAUUUGGAGCAUCUGGAUAUAUUAAUGAUGCAUGGAUUCAAAAGCAACAAAGUUGCAAAGCAUGAUUUGCUGGAUGCGGUGAGGUCAAUUGACCUGAUGGAUGCACACCACUCAACACUGCAGAGUGAUGUUUCUUCAAAUGCAUUCCUGGAUCUUAAUGAAGUAAUCAAAGACCUCUCGGCUCUCCAUUGGCAAGAAUGCUGCAUCGCUUCUAUUGAAACUGUCAACUCUGAGGCCCACUUUAGCUGUGUGGUUAAUGAUUCAUCACUUGUAAGUUUUAAGCUGAACUCUAACACCGCCUCCAGCUUGAAGGAUGAUUCUGAAGCCCACAAAACACAGUCUCGCUCAUUCAAGAAAUCCAGCUUCAAGGAUGAUUCUGAAGCCCACAAAACACAGUCUCGCUCAUCCAAGAAAUCCUGUUCCAAGGAUGAUUCUGAAGCCCACAGAUCAGAGUCUCGUGCAUUCAAGAAAAUUAAAGGACCACAAGUGGAUCAGGAUAACAGUCGCAAAUACCCGCAUGAGAGACUUCUAUGCCAGCUUUCUGAAGAAACUGUGGAUCAGAUCAAAAUAAGUAAACCCCAAUCUGGAAAACAAGUGGGUCAGCUUCCAAUGCCCAAAGGCUCCCGUAAAAAGCAAGUAGGUCAGGUUUACAGGCACAAAGCCCAGAUUAAAAAACAAGUGGGUCAAGCUAACAAACCCGAGGCACGUAAGGGAAAGCAAGUGGGUCAGGUAAACACACCCAAGGCACGUAAUGGAAUACAAGUGGGUCAGGCUAACACGCCCAAAACCUGCAAUGGAGAACAAGUGGAUCAGACUAACAAAGCUGAUACGUCCAGCUAUCCAUCACAAACCAACAGCCCAACUAGCAAUGCAGUACAAGAAGGAAAGCCAACUCAAGCUAUAACAUGGCCGGCCCGUUUCAGAGAAGAGUUUCACAUGUUCUAUUAAUACAUUUUGAAUAGGUCUUGUUAGUUACAUUCCAGUUGUUCCCAUGUUGCAUGAUAGCAGUGUUGUUGCAUUGGAGAGUUAGGGCACUAAAAAAUAAGGACAACAUGGUGAUGAACCAGCCUUUUGUAUUGCAUAUAUGUUUCAAGGCACAUUUAUUUUAGAGAUGGUUAUGAAAGAUGAUGUUA